ACCUCAAUUUAACUUCUGCCUAUGGCGUCAUUGUAUUCAAUUUGUUAUUAUGUACGAUAAAAUUUUACGAAAAAUUAUCUAAACAUAUUCGUGACGGUUAUUUUUACAUAUCACAAAGGUUGAAAACAAACGAAGUGAAAUUAAUCAAUAAUGAAUUCGUAGACUGAAAUUAAGGCUCUGCUAAUUCAAAGUUUCCCUAAGAUAUUACUUUUGCCUUAAACACGCAUAUUCUGAUAGAUCUGAUCGAGCUGAUUUCGAAUAUCACCUUUUCAGUUCAAUUAGGGCGCGUUUUUGCGGAGAAAAAUUGAAAAUACUGAGAGGUUCUAAAAUAGCGAAAAAUCGUUCAGUUUCAGAAAAACCUGAGACCCUCACUUUGCAAACCUAUCUACGUUUUUGUGUAAAGCGCUACCGCUCUCAUUUAUACGCCAAACGAAUCGCCUUAAAACGAAGAAAAAGUAUAGCUUGCUUUUUGAAAUUCCUUUUUGUUGCUAAGAUAUUUGCAAAUCAUUAAAAAUUAGCGAGUUUGACGCAAAUCGGCCGAGUGAUUUUCUGAAUAAGUCAGUCACUUUUCAGCAUACAAAGCUGAAAAUAUGAAUUCCGCAGUAAAGAUGAGUGUUGAAUCUUGAGAAAACACGUUCGGAAAAGUCAGAGUUUCCAAAUUGAAAAAAUUUCUGAAGUUACAACACAGGUUUUAACUUUAAUUCCUCAUAGCACCAAAAAGUACAAAUUUUAUGAGUAAGAAAAUUCUCUCUCUAAAGAGCGCACUUUGAGUAGAGCCCUGCAUUAGAUGGACAUGGACAGUUUUUUUAAAUCUGCCCAUGGACAUGGACGGACAUGGACAAAAAAAAAUUGUCCAUGCAGGUCUCUACUGAACAUAGAAACAGGAAUGAAAUUCUCAUACGCAAAACGUAUUUAAAAAACGCGAACAUUUCAUGGACAAACUGAUGGACAUGGACAGAAAAACUCUUUUGUCCAUGGAAAAAAGCUGAAAAGAUCCCGUAAAAAUUGCAGAAUGGAUCCCGUAUACUAAAAAUUUCGAUAAAAAUAGUAGAGUGAUCCCGGAUUUAGAAAAAAAAUAUUUUCGACAGAAUUGAUCCCGGAAUAAACUAAUUUUUAUAUUUAUUGUGCAGCAUUGAUCGCGGAAAACUUUUCUCUUUCUGCGAACAAGAGAAUUGAUCCCGGUUGACAUGUGAUGCGAAUGUAAAGACGGCGUUGGCACAUAAACAAUAGCAAUGUGUAGCGGCCACAUCUUUUUUCAUACUUUUUUCACUCACAUCACUUUUGACUGUUACUAUCACUAUUAAACAAACUAUGGCUCGAAAGACAUGGUUAUUAGUUUUUACGUGUGUAAAUGAAACUGAUUUAUUAAGUUUUAUCAAAACUCAACGUGUCUGCAAAAAUCGAACUGAACAAUUCAUUGGUGGUUUAUCAAUUACAUAUAAAUGUUUACAGUACUGAAAAUAUCCGCUAUGCGAGUAUGAAUUGAAUAUAGUAUAUAGAAACCAGCGAAGAGCUUUGGGAAAGAGGAUCUUAUGUGACCACUACACACGUCAACCGGAAUCAAUUCUCUUGUUCGCAGAAAGAAAAACGUUUUCCGGGAUCAAUUCUGCACAAUAAAUAUAAAAAUUAGUUUAUUUCGGGAUCAAUUCUGUCGAAAAUAUUCUUUUUCUAGUUUAUAGAAAAUCGAAAUCGAAUAAAUUUAAAUUAUUUAUAGAAAAUCCGCAACGAUUCUCCACCUUUAUAGAAAAUCGAAUUUAUGGAAAUUCAGAUCGAUUUUCUAUAAACCAGAAAAUCAACAUUUCCUAGACAGCUGGAAAUUCGUCAAUGAAUUUCUAUAAACUAGAAAUUAAUUCAAGAUUAAAGUGUACGUCUCAAAAGAGAUACUUUUUUUUGCAAACUCAUACUCAGUUUUGUAUGCCCCCCAAUUAGCAGGAAGAAUUCAAGAAUUAGCAUCGAGUUUUUUUCGAGUUUCUGAAAUUUCAGAAAUUCAGAAUUAGCAUCAAGUAUUCAGAAAUAAAAAUCAAGCUUUUUCUCAAUUCAAGAAAUCAAGAAUAACCAUCAAGGAUUUUUCUUAAUUCAAAAAUACAGAAACUGACCAGACUUUCGAGUUUUUUCAAUUGAAAGAAUACAGAAAAAUCAAAAACUGAAAAUGUGAUUCUGAAUACAUGAGUUCAAACCGAUUCCAUACAAAUUCACAGAAUUUUGACCUUUCGAAUUCAAGAAAUUCAUAAAAAGUCACAUUUUCCACUUUCCAAUUUUUGUACUCUUUCAAUUGAAAAAACUAAAAGGUGCCUGUCGAUUCUCAGUUUAUCCUGAUGUUUCUUAUCCUGGGUUCUUCAUCUUUUUUAAUCUUGUUUCACGGUUUCAGAACAAGUAUAUGAACGAUACUAUUUAAACAGAAUUGAGGAAAAAUUCACAAUAAGACGAGUAAAACCGUAUUUCAUACUUGCGGUUUCAUGCGAUUACUGUUCUUUUUUAAUGAAUUAUUCUCUCUGCGUGAGAUAUAGCCGUGCCAUACGUACGAGACAUCUUUGAAACGUCUUUUCCUUUAGUUCAUAUUUGCCAAUGGAAAAGCAUGAAAUGAAAGGUCCACUUCAAACAAACAAUACAGUUACUCGUUCAUAUUGUAAAUAUAAAGGUGACAAAAACGAUAAAUAAAGUAAAAAAAUACAAACAGUUACAGAAAUGACAUCACAUCAUCUGUCAUUAGUUAAAGUUGACCAAUGGAAUCAAAGUAAUGUUAUACUACUUCUCCUGUUAUGUUGUUUCACCCAACAGAACACAUUAAAGUCAAGUAUUGUAAUUUUCGACAGCAGAAAUUUAUUUUUCUCUAAUGUUUGAUGAUUUAAAUGGAAUGAUAAGGGUGGAAUAGACAAAAGAAGAAAUGGAAAUACAAAGAAGAGAUAAAUAACUUUUUUUGAAAAGGUAGAAGAGAAUAGACUGAACUAAGUUCCAUUCUUCCAUAAAUAAACGAAUAAGUGCACCUGGUUGAGUUUCUAUCAGUAUAAAAUUGAUUUUAUAAUCACUUUCGAAUACUGCAAUUUAUCCUCCCUAUUUGUAUUAUACUCAGAUUUGCAACGUAUCGUACUGUGAAUCUAAAGAAGUUUACUUUCUUUAUUGUAGAUCUUUCAAGAACCAUCAAAGUUAUGAAUGAGUCAGAAAAUAUUCAGGAACUGAAUGAAUUAAUCAAACAAGUUUUUAAUCAGUUUCUAUUGCAUACUAGUUGUACAACAACAGAGAGCUUACCUCGUGAAUGUUUAGAAAGAUAUUUUCAAUUAUUAAAACAGUGUCUCAAUGAUAACAUUAAUUUAUCAGUAAAAUCAACAAUUGAAUCAGCAAUCGAAUCAAUUAUUCGUCAAUAUAAUCAUUCGUCAUUGAUCACUUAUGAAUACCAGAUACGACUAAUACGUUUUUUAUGUCGACAUACAGCAAUAUUGAACAAUAAUUUUAAUUCCAACCAUCAGUUUCUUCAAGAAUUAUUUCAGCAUGAAUUUAUUAAAAAAUCAAGUAUAUUACGUUUGUUAACAUUGCAUAUUGCUCUAUCGCAUGCUGAAAAGUAUCCAGUAGAAUAUGAUAUUAACUUAUUUCGAUCUAUCGUUCAAAUAUAUUCACCUGAUCAAAAUGUUUAUGUCAAAAAUGUUCUUGCACAGUUUCUUAGUAUUUUUAUACGACAAUGUUGUCAUGAUGUUGCUUAUCAUGACAAUGCUGCUUUUCGUCAUUUAUUAAAUGAAAUUCAAACAACAUCAUCCGAUCCAUGUUUAAUAUUUGAAGUCGUUGUUAUUCUGUAUGAUAAAUAUGAGUUAGAUAUCGAUAAUUCAAAUAUGUAUGAAAUGAUCAUCAAUAGUUCUGAGCAAAAUUUAUAUCCAACAAUAAGAAAUUUUGUGAUGAGAACAGCUCAUUUAACAACCGAACAUUAUCUGAUAUUGUAUCUGAAUAAAAUUCUAAUAUUGAAUAUUAACGAUUAUGUGCAUAUUCUAUUAUCCAUUGUACAAAAACGUUAUGAGAAAAAAUGUUUAAACACCAAACUUUAUGCGUGUAUCAAAGCAUUACUUCUCUAUAUAAGUGAACCAAAUAUUAUGCAAAUUGAAGAAGAAGAAGAAGAUGUUGAACAAUCAUCGAUCAUACAAAAUGGAGCAAAUAUGAAUGAACAAAAUUUAACAUUAUUAGUGAACUGUUUACAUUUUAUCAUAAAAUUUUCAUUUCAUGAAAUUAACAAUAAUAAUACCAUUAAUACAAAUAAUUUAUUGAAUAAAGUAAGUCAAUAUUGUUUAUUGAGAGACAAUAGUUGGUCUGUUUAUGAUUCUAUAUUAAAACUAAUUUUGGAUAAUAAUUUAAACGAAUAUAUUUAUUCAAAAACAAAUAUUAUAAAGAUAAUGUUAGAAAAAUUAUUAUUUGAUAAUAAUGAACAACAUCAACAACAAUGGAAUGCAAAAGAAUGUGCUAUUCAAUUUUUAAUCAAAUUUAUAGACAAAUAUAAUGAACAGAAAACUUUUCCAUCUUGGUUAACAAAUGACUUUGUAAAUAAUAUGGUUCGAAAAUUAAUCAAUGAUAAUAAUGAAUAUAUCCAAGGUAGUUUAAUUGAUUUUAUAACAAAAUUACUUGAACAUAAUUUAUUAAAUCCAAAUGAUACAUAUAUAAAAGAAAAUUUAAUUGAAUUAAUAAAACAUACUUUGGGUGAUGUUGUUCGAUGUUCAUUAGCAAAUGCCUGGUAUACACUAUUAGAGAGAACACAUGCAAAUGUAGAAAAACAUCAAAAAGAGUAUUAUUUUCAAUUCAUGAAAAGCAAAAAUAUAACUGAUGAAUUAACAGCCUUAUUUGAUAACAUGAAAAUAAUAUCUCACUAUUUAUCGUUGUUAGUUGGUGAUGGUGGACAAGAGACAGAACUAAUAUGUUGUAAACUAGUUGAAUUAUUAUUGAUUUAUCAUAAUAAAUACAAUAAUAAAAAAAAUGAAGCAAUAAUAAAUGAAGAUGAAAUUAUAAAUGUUUUAAAUUAUUUUAUUAACGAUGGUUGUACAAAUGAAAUUAAACAACGAGCAUUAAAUCUGAGUAAACAAUCAUCAGCAGUAAUAGAAGAAUUUGAAAAAUAUAAACAAACACAUAAUAUUGAUACUGAUCAACAAAUAAAAAAGAUUGAUAAUUAUAUUGAUGAAUUUAAAUCAAUCUUAAAUUGGUUACAAAAUCCGUGUGAACACAUGGUAUUAGAUUGUGAUUAA